AAGUGGCCUGUAGUUUUUGGGAUAUAAUUAAUUUCUGUGAACACUAGCUAACGUUAAGUGUGUCGAAAUGGAAUCCGAGCAGUCUGAAGAUACAACGAUGAAACACUGCCCAAGUAUCAACGAUAGGUGGAUGUUUCUUAGACCAAUGGUUAACAGUUGCAAACUGCAUCGUAUUGUCAAGUCUCCACCAGAGAGAAUUCAGGGAACAUCAGAUUGUUCAACCAGAGAACACCAAGUAACCUUCAAUCACAUACAUUUGUUAUGCCCUUCUGAUCAAAAAAAAAAGCUUUUCAGGUGCACCUCUGACCAAAGACAUCUUCAGCUUCUUCUUACACCACAAAGAGGCUUUGCAGACUCUCAAGUAUUAACAGCACCACUACGUAGCAUAGAGGCUGGCACAACUGUUAGACCAAAAACCCAACAAAAGACAAAAAGGACAUAUUCCCACCCUUUUAACUCUCCAAAGCCCACAGAAUUACAGAAAUCUCACCGAAGAUCACGCACUGGUUUUCAGUUCAACCAGUUCCACCCUGAAGGCUCUGCUGCAAAUCCACUGCGAAUUGACUUAGACAGGAGCUGUCUUGAAGAAUGUCCCAAUCUGGCCUUUAUUGGUGAAUUGCAACUUCUGAACCUUCAGCACAACUAUAUCAGGAGAAUCCAACACUUAUCUCAACUCCAACAUCUUAUUUUUUUAAAUUUGUAUGAUAAUCACCUCACUGACAUGACUGGUCUUGAGUAUUUAAACUCUCUAAGGAUUCUUAUGUUGGGAAAAAACAGGAUACAGAAAAUAAAGUGCCUUGAUCAUUUAGUCAAACUGAAUGUACUGGAUUUACACGAUAAUCAGAUCUCUAUAAUCCAAAAUGUCUCUCAGUUGUGUGAACUGCGUGUAUUGAACAUGUCUGGAAACAACAUUUCUAGAGUGGAAAAUGUGCGCGGUCUCAACUGUUUGACAGAGCUCAACUUACGGCACAACUGCAUCUCUACUUUGGCUGAGCUGGACUUCCUGCCGUGUUUGCAGCGCCUGUUUCUCAGCUGCAACAACAUUAGCAGUUUUGACCAGCUUGCUCAUCUUGGAGAACUGUGCUCCCUUUCUGAGCUCACCCUGGAUGGGAAUCCUGUAGCCCUGGAGACAUGGUACAAGCAGGCCGUCCUGCGCUGUGUGCUUCACCUGAAACAGCUGGACAUGAAGCGCAUCACAGACGAGGAUCGGCGUACAGCUGGUAUACAGGCUCGAAAAGAAGAGGAGAAGAAAAGAGAAAGUCACAAACAGUCCAUUCAUAAGGAGAAGCGGCGCCUAGCUAUCCGUAAUGCAGCACAGCAGUGGGAGGGUGUUAGGGCCUGUCUGGAGUUGCCACCAACAAAUGGAGCUAAAGAAGAAUUUAGUCCAGAGAAUAGCCCGGCCCACAGUCCUGCCCAGAGCAAUGGUGUCACGCAGGAGUCCUCUCCAGAUGAACCAAAGCGGAUCAGCCCGGGUUCAGGACCAGAGCGACUCUCCGGGGGUACAGAGAGCAGACUGCGCUCCAACAGCCGUCCAAACAGCCCACGGGAUCCCAAGCUUGUGGAGACAGGCAGUGUGCAGUGCUUGUCCAUGUCUGAAAGUCACCUCGCAGAGCUGGAUGGAGAGACUCUCCGAUUAUUUGGACUUGGAGCCCUGGAGGCUCUUGAAAGAGGCUGGGGAGUUCAGACUGCUGGCGCUGUCACUAUAAUAACCUUUCGUUACAUCAACUUUGAUGCUAUUGUACCAACACUGCCAAGAAUAAGGGUCAAAUUUCCUAAUUUGUCGCAUCUGAUAUUUUUGGAAACUAGUAUUAGCCGACUGCCUCAGCUGGCAGCACUGGCUCAGGUGAGGCGACUGGACCAGCUGACCAUCCACCCUGAAGGAAACCCUGUGGUCAGUCUCUCGCUGUGGCGCUCCUUUGUCAUUUAUAGACUUCACCACAUUAAUCUGCUACGGAUCAAUGGACAGGAGGUGACCAUGAAUGAUGUCAUUGCAGCAGAGCGUGUCUUUGGAACAUUGGGUCAUAUAGCAGCCACUGAAACUCCACGUUGUAGGCUUCUGUUGCUCUUAGAAGAAUCCAGAAAGCGACAGCUUCAGUUCUUGCUGGAGGGACGUGGUCGCCGUGCAGGGCUGAGUCCAGAAGAGUUAAGAGACAAUGGGAAGCUUCUGGGGGAAGGUCUGAGCAGAGCACUCUUCAACUAUCCUUGUAGAGACAGCAAUGCAGAAAGCCCUGAGGAGGGUUCAGUCGAGUCUUCAGAGCGAACUUCCAUGAUCGAGCAAUAUCUUCAGGAUGUAGCCCAGAGGGCAUCAGACACUAAUCUAAAGGGCGAGGCUCUUCACAAGCUUUGGCCCUCCAUGUUUGCAGAAAUGGUCAAAGAUUGUGUGUUGGAGAUGAAAGACCAGGCAGUGUUCCGUCGGGCCAGUUUAGCAAGACUUUCAGAAACCAAGUAACUGCAAUCAAAGGCUCACUUGAGACUGGACAUAUACUCACACAUGGACACAGCUUUCACCGCUCUCUUCUAUUCAACUUAAUUUUGAGCACUAGAGUUAAAAUCAUGUCUGCAAGGUCAGAGUCUGACACGUCAAAGACAUUAUAGAGUGAAUGUAGAAUUUUCCUGAAAAUCAGCAAUGCUGGGAGCUAUAUCAUUGUACUUGAAGACAGGAUAGAGACUUAAUGACUCACUGUGCAUUGUGGUUAUGCACCCUGUGCACUUUUUUCCUCCUCAACAUUACUGUCAUCAGCUGUUACUGACCAGGGUGCAUUUUCUUAACACUAAAAUAAUUUGUCUGUAACCAUACAUUAAUUUCUCACCUUCUGCCUGACCCAAAUGGUCCUAAAAGUGGACUAAACAUUCUUGUUUACUACAGAUUUUCUGUAUUGUUAAUAUUAAAAAUGUGUAAAAUUUC